AAAAAGAAAGUAAAAUCAGUUAAUGAAACAAGUACUGUAGAGAGAGAGAGAGAGAGAGAGGAGGGGAAUUUCUUGCCUCUCGCUCAGAUCCGUUCCUCCGGCGAAAAGCGACGGCGACUUUGUUGACGCUGCGGCCUCUUCCCGACCGCGCAGCAAAGAUUUGAGGUCACCAAUGGAUGAUUCAACGGAUGACGAUUCGUAUCAUCCAAGAAAACACUAUGCUUAUGAUCGUCAGGUUUCUUCAAGCAGAUGGCGUACCAGCCGCGAGUAUAUCAGAGGUCCCGGCCCCGAAACUCAUACUACUGAGAGUGCUCAAGAUGGACAGGAUCCACCUGCUGGAGUAUAUUCCUAUGGUUAUUUUUCUGGCAGUGGUAAUGAUCCUCAAGUUCAAGGACACUUUGUUCCGGAGAUUCAAAAGUACAACCCUUACGUGAUUUUCAAAGGUGAACAACUCCCGGUUCCUAUAUGGGAACUGCCAGAGGAGAAGGUCCAAGAUUUUCAUGAUAGGUACUUUAUUGCAAAAGACAAGAGUCGAGUUGAAGCCAGGAAGACUCUGAAUAGGUUGUUAGAGGGGAACAUCAAUACAAUUGAAAGGGGACAUGGAUAUAAAUUCAAUAUUCCAAAAUAUACAGAUAACAUGGAGUUUAAUGAGGAAGUCAAGGUUUCUCUAGCAAAAGCAGGCAAGACCAUAAGCCGUUCCUUUUGCAAUGCGAAUCAGCGGGAAGUUGCAUCUAGGACUGGCUAUACCAUUGAUCUAAUAGAACGGACACUUGGGGCUGGAUUGAACAUCUCGAAGAGAACUGUCUUAUACACAAACAAGGAUCUGUUUGGGGAUCAAAGUAAAUCAGAUCAAGCGAUCAAUGACAUCUGCGCUUUGACAAAUAUCAGAAGGGGCUCUUUGGGUAUAAUAGCAGCUGAAAAAGGAAUUGUAGUUGGAAACAUUUUCCUGGAAUUGACAAAUGGCAAAUCGAUUAGUUGUUCUAUUGGAGUGCAGAUACCACACAGGCUUGACCAGAUCAAAGAUGUUUGUGUUGAAAUAGGUUCACGCAACAUAGAGUAUAUUCUUGUUGUGGAAAAGCAUACAAUGUUGAAUUAUCUACUAGAGAUGGACUAUCACACCAAUAACAACUGUAUAAUUCUGACAGGAUGUGGCAUGCCAACCCUCCAAACAAGGGAUUUCCUCAGAUUCUUGAAACAACGCACUGGACUACCUGUCUUUGGACUUUGUGAUCCAGAUCCUGAAGGUAUAAGUAUUCUUGCUACGUAUGCUAGAGGGUCUUGCAAUUCAGCAUAUGACAAUUUCAAUAUUUCCGUGCCAUCUAUUUGUUGGGUUGGAUUGUCAUCCUCAGACAUGAUAAAGUUGAAUUUGUCUGAGACCAACUACUCACGUUUGUCUCGCGAGGACAAAACUAUGUUGAAGAACCUUUGGCAGGACGAUUUGUCCGAUGUAUGGAAACGCAGAAUCGAAGAAAUGAUAAGUUUUGACAAGAAGGCCUCUUUUGAAGCUAUUCAUAGUUUGGGGUUUGAUUAUUUUGCAACCAAUUUGCUUCCGGAUAUGAUUAACAAAGUACGAGAAGGCUAUGUUCAGGUUCAAGAGAAAAAAGAGCCUCAAGACACUGAAGCCAGUGAGGACUGAUUUGGAGGACUCUAAUGCAGCUAGAGAUUCAGAUCCAUAAGUUUCUACAAGUAAAAGUUGGAGCAGCAGAUUGGAACUGCAUGUUGAUUUUUGUGGAUGCUCAAGCUUCACUCGUAUGUUUGGCUUCUGAUAAGUCUGUAAUAGCUUAGCAGCACAAUUAUUAUAGUUGUCUUCUAGGUGAUCGAUCUCCUAAAUACUUGCACCACUAUUAUUGUAGUUGUCUUUUAUGUGAUCGAUCUCCUAAGUACCUUUCUGUCUGUAAUAGUUUAGCAACACCAUUAUUAUAGUACUAGUUAUCGUCUAGGUGAUCGAUCUCUCCUAAGUGCUUGCACUAUUGUUACUGAAGUUGUCUUCUAGCACUAUUGGUACUGCAGUUGUUUUUUCGCUGAUCGAACUUCUAAGUGCGGUAUUAUUGUUAAGAGUAAA